CUGCAGACAGAAGCAGUCUGUCGGGGGUGGAGUGCUGCACGGGGGAGUAGACGUCAAGGAGGCAACAAGUCAGAAGAGGGCAAAGGGAGCGAUACACCUGUCAGCAUGGAUGUGGACCCGGUGGCAUCCAUGAACGGACUGAGAACAGUAACCGCCAGGGAGCUGGAUGGCUGGAUCGCCAAAACCCUGCAGCCCAGCCCACAGUUCUCUGCGCAGGUGAAGGAGACAGUGUGGCAAAUCUGUGAAUUCCUGAAGAGGAAGUGCUUUGAGGAUAAUAUCCACGUCCAAAAGACUGUGAAGGGUGGAUCAGCAGGAAAGGGCACAGCUCUAAAGAACAAAUCUGAUGCUGAUGUGGUGCUCUUCCUCACCUGCUUACCCAGCUACGAGGACCAGAAGAGAAACAGAAAGGUUAUCCUGGAUUUGAUCAUGGAAAGGCUGAAGGACUGCAGGGAGAGCUUGCAGUUCGAUGUGUUCAUUGGUGAGCCCAGGUACAAAGGUCCUGACAGCACGCCACGCUCCCUCAGCCUUACUCUGUCCUCCAUGGAGACUGGGGAGUCCAUUGAUGUGGACAUCCUGCCUGCCUAUGAUGCUUUGGGGCAGGUGACCCAGGAUGCCUCGCCAAACCCAGAAGUGUAUGUGAGGCUCCUGCAUGCCUGCAGCCACCCCGGGGAGUUUUCCCCUUGCUUCACUGAGCUGCAGAAGAUGUUUGUGAAGCAUCGCCCUGCCAAGCUGAAGGACCUCCUGCGCCUGGUCAAGUACUGGUACAAGGAGGUGAGGGCUGCCCAGCUGUCCCAGUUCCCAAUAGACACCCAUCCCAGCCAGCUCUCACCUCCAUCUGUGUCUUCUCCCCAGCUGCUGAAACCACAGCACCCCAAUGCGGACCUGCCCCCUAAGUAUGCCCUGGAGCUGCUGACCAUCUAUGCCUGGGAGGAGGGCAUAGGCUCCUCCAGCAGCUUUGACAUGGCUCAGGGCUUCCGCACUGUACUGGAACUACUGGGCCGGCACCGGGACAUCUGCAUCUACUGGGAGAAGUACUACUCACUCCAGCACAGAGAGAUUGGUGCCCAUGUCAAAGGCUUGCUGAGCAAACCCCGCCCUGUCAUCCUGGACCCUGCUGACCCCACGGGGAUCCUGGGCCAAGACAAGGACUGGAACUUGAUGGCACAGGCAGCUGCCAGCUACUGCAACUCACUGCCCUGCCUUGCAAACAUCCAGCCCUGGAAUGUGCAGCCAGCCCGGCCCGUGACCAUUGAGGUGAUGCAGCUAUCAGGCACCAGACUGACACAGCGUGUCAGCCCCUACACCACCAUCUGGCAGCUGAAGGAGGUGAUCCACCAGAACUGGGGCAUCUCACCAUACACACAGCGCCUGGCACAGCAGGAGCCAGGCAGAAGCAACAUCACCCUACAGGACUGCGAUACCCUGGCCACACACGGCAUCUUCUACAACACCACUCUGGUGCUGCUGCAGACUGAGGCCCAGAGGAUGCAGGUCUUUGUCAAGGAUGAUAAGAAUCGGACCAUGACCUACACGGUGCUGCCCACCGACACUGUCCGACAGCUGAAGGAGCAAAUCCAGGCCCGGCAGGGGCCCCCUGCCAACGAGCAGCGCCUGACCUAUGGCUCCAGGGAGCUGCAGGACCAGCACACACUGGAGCACUACGACGUCAGGCCCAUGAGCACAAUCUACAUGCUCCUGCGGCUCCGGGGGGGUGCAGACCCCCAGCUCCCCUAGCUCCCUGCCUGCUGGACCUCCUGAAUACUGCCCUCAGCACCAGCCCAUGCCCCUGUGUACCCUCCUGUCAUGCUGGAAAUAAAUACUUAGUAGAUCCUU